CUCUGCCUCACCGACUCUCUUUUUCUCUCUCUCUCGCCUCGCGACACAGAGACAGACAGCUCGACUUGACUCGGUUCAAAGUUACAUCAGGAAACCAGCGGAGAAAUGUCGACUUAUUACGGGUUUAUGGAAGAAUUCAGCGAUGUAGACAACACGACUGUUCCCUCCGCCGAUGAAUGAGAGAAAAACACCGACGUGGCCGUGGACAGAGGAGCUGCUGUUUCAGGUUUUUGGAUCAAGGUUGAUGUUUUUUUUUUUCCUCCUCGGGAUUUCGGCGGUUACACGGACGUUGGUGAGUGAACACCGUCUGACCAGCUGCUUCCACACAGAUACAUGGCUGUAUUUCUAUGUGAUGAGGACAAAAAGGAGAUUUCUGUCGGUUGUGGGUGGCCGCUAGAGUGUUUGACUGAUAGCAGGUCAUUCACCUGGUGGACCGCCCGCCCGCCUGCCUGCUUGCCUCGGGUGAAUAUUUGCAGACAUGCACCAUGAACCGAGGCCAGAUGUUCAUGGCCGCUGGGCCUCAGCUGUAAAACUGUAGAAUAAACCUAUUCAUACAGACAUAGACCAUCAUGUACCUGGAUCAGCACAGGGAUUUUUAAGGUGGCCAAACAAAAUAGGUAGGGGAGACCGGGACUUGUUGUCAUAUUGCGAUUAUCUUUGCCACCAGAGGGCACAACGAAAAAUCGGAAUACUAGUUUUCUUCCUUUUCAUGGUCAGGGGUCGUGUCCUGUCUGAGAAGAUGUUACAGGUUUCUCAGGUGAGUUUUAAGGUCGGGGCUGAUGCGAAUAUAGAACACGAAAUUACGCAAUAUACAGAGGCAAAUUUUGACGGGCCUGACUAUACAUAUCAAGCCCGAUGCGAUUUUGUGACUUUCUGGCGGUAAAGAAAGACGCAUCACGGGGAAGACUUUUCCCCUUGGCCUCUGAUUGGCUAGAAAAGCAGGAAACGUCAUCACACGCUCAAGCCAAACAGUCAGCACUUACAGCCAAUCAGAGGCGAAGGAGGGCGGGACCAAACUGAUUGUUUUCAGUUCUGAUUUGACAUCUAGUGUUGAGAUGUCUGUCUGUCAUGAUAGCAUGUACUGAGUCGGGGCCAGUACCAGAUAAGCAAAUGAAACUACAGUAACAACCGUUAGCUUACGUUAGCACAGAUGAAGGUUAAAACAAAAACGUUUAGCAAUCUGUUAAAGCACACAAAACAUCGUCAUAUGAGAAAUCCGACGCUAUGACUCUCCACAAGUUGUCCUUCAGGUCGUUAUCUUUGUAAUAUUUGUGUUUUUUUAUCAAAAAGUACUCUGUUCUCCGACACGUAAACAAUCAGCCAGUCGGCCAUGUUGGAUAUACCGGUGAAUCUGACGUCGCAACAACACGAAAUCUGAUUAGUCAGAAGUGGACGCACAGUAUGCGAAACUUUAGGCCACUUUUAGACGGAAACGGUCUCCAUAGAAAACGGAAAAAUUUAGUUUCGUUUAGGCAACUGCGUUUUCAGGAGAUGAAAACGUAACAAAGUGAAAACCCCCUCCAGAGUGGAAAUGUUGUAAGCGCUCUGCUAGUCCCGCUUUCGUCUAAAGUACAACAACGCUGAAAACAGUCAAACCUGUGACGUCCUGGCUCACGUCGCCUCACGCUGCGUGCUUCUAGGAAGUAGAAUGGAAGUUGUUCUACGUAUGCGUUGUUGGUCUAUAUGGGAGCGCGGUCACAACGACACGCGCCACCUAGCGACCUGGCAUGCACAUUACAGCGUUUUCAACCACAUUGCAUUUUUUUGUAAACACAGCAUAAAAACUGAAAACGAAACGGCACUUUUCCGUUUUCUAUGGAGACCGUUUCCAUCUAAAAGUGGCCUUAAAAAAAUCGGCCGUGAUCCGAAAAAAUAAAUGCCGCAAUAUUGCAGGACGGGAAAACAUUGCUGAUGUGAACGCUUGUAUUGACAGGAUAUGGGUUUGGAAAAGUAUUGACAUCUGAAAUAAUCGCACGAAAAAAAUGGUCCCGGUGUGUAAGGACCCUCAAUCUUUAAAACUGACUUACAUAUGAUGUGUAUUUUUUUGGGAAAUAUGGUUCCUGGAAUAGUCAGUAGACGAUCAUAAUCAUUCAGCUGUUUCACUGGUGUUUAAAAUGCAGACUAAAUAUCGAGAUGAAAUAUCGUCCCAGCCCUAUAGUGUUGGCAAACAUGGUAGUUCAAGGGCAACAUGUUUCAGUCAUUAGUUAUCAUGUGAAAUUUCAUGAUGAAAUGAUGAAAAAGAGUGGUUUAAAGGAGAGGAGAAAGCGAGAAGACAUGGUCAGGAAUUACAAAAGAAAAACAGAACAUGUCAGUGCAGUUCCUGACGUGAUGCUGAGGACAGUCAGACAGGUGACCCUCGCUAAUAAAUCAAUCUGGAGUACGAUAAAGGACUUUAAUGUCGACUACCAUACCUUAGCUCGGUACUGAGAAAAUUCACUCCAGCCGAAACACAGAGUCAGACAGCUCUCCAAACUCCAGAGCAUGUUGCACAAUAUUGUAUGUUAACGUUUGUUCAAUUACUUUUUGCUCAAUGAUAAACAUAUUCUGCGCCUGUCAAACCUGCUCAGGGUAGGAGCCCCGCAGAGUCACGAACAUUGAGAAGCUGUCACAAAUAAAACAAUCAACAGAUCUAAAACACGUGUUCAAAAACAUCUGGCUUUUAGGAAAAACAACCGCACUGGUCUGUUACCGUUUUGUCCAUAAUACUCUUGAAUUUGCACAGAAAUAUGAGUGUGUCCAGAUGUGCAAAAACAAUAGUAAAAAUGCACCUCUCAAACUCAAUUUUCUGGAGGAAUCAAAGGCGUCGCCUCCCGCUGUGAAAAACAAGGAGGCUACUGGAUUUUCAACAACAUGCUGAUCAGACAUGUCACCUACUGAGGCCCAGAGUCUACACAUACUUUCCCCGCAUCUGUAUUCCUGUUUGAGUAUUUCUGGUUGUUUUCACGAGAGCUUGACCUAUCCUCUUAUCUUCAGAAAACAGACUGGUCACUAUGAUAGCACAGGCGACAACAUGCCAUGCUGCCACUGCUCACACCAACAGUCCAAAUCAAGGUUAUUUCUGUUUGUUUGGUGCUUUCUCUGGGGAUACGAGUAAUCAAAGUCAUCAAACAUGAAGUCGAGAUCAGGUAGAAUCAGGGCUGAGCGAUAUGGGAAAAAGUUCAUCACGAUAUAUUUUUUUGUAUCGGUCGAUAUAAAAAAUGAAAUUCAACAGUGCUUAUUGGUAGCAUGUCUUUUGCAAUACAAUAAGCAACUGCAUGUGUGAGGUCUUUGUGUCUCUUUGACAUUUCGACAUAAGGCGUUGCACUAGCCGCUGCACAGGCGCCAUGAGCUCGGCUUUGGCCUGUAACCUUUUGCAAAGCGGACUGAAUGGUCGGCUGUUUCGGCUGCACAGGCGCUAUGGGCUCCUUGCUCCGCUCGGGGUUUGUAACCUUUUGCAUUGAGCGUGCUCUGCGGCGUGGCGCUGCUUCAGUGCUGUCGGCUUCAUGUGUUAAAACUUUUACAGUUGCGUGUAGCUGCUGCCUGCUACUAUAAAGUUGUUUGCUACUUGGUUCUAAAGGUCCCUACACACCGGGAACGACGCAAAUAUAGGACGCGAAAUUGCGAAAUACUCAGAGGCGAAUUUUGACGCUGUUUGAACUGUUAAAGCACACAAAACAUCAUCAUAUAAGAAAUCUGACGCUAUGACUCUCCACAAGUUGUCCUUCAGGUCUUUGUCUUUGUAAUGUUUGUGUUUUUUAUCAAAAAGUACUCUGUUCUCCGACACGUAAACAAUCAGCUGGUCAGCCAUGUUGGAUAUACUGGUGAAUCUGACAUUGCAAGAACACGAAAUCUGAUUGGUCAGAAGUGGACACACAGUAUGCCAAACUAUAAAAAAAUCGACCGUGAUGCGAGGAAAUAAAUGCCGCAAUAUUGCAGGACGGGAAAACGUCGCUGAUUGACGUCCGAAAUAAUUGCACGAAAAAAACCGCACAAAAAAAGCUCCCCUUUUUUAAGGACCUUAAUUUAGCACAGGAUUGGUUUAGCACAAAGCGGAAACUCUCCUUUGUCAUUGGCUAUUGGUAUAGUCUACCAAAACAUGGCAGAAUGCCAACUAUUGAAAAGGAUAUUGACCAAGUUUCAUAUUAAUAUUGAGGGAAAUUAAUCUUUGAUAUAUAUCGUUAUCGUUUUAUCGCCCAGCCCUAGAUGGAAUCAAAGAAAACCUAAUUUUCUCUGGCAGUCUGAGCACACAACAUUUCAGAUUAGAUAUUUUUAUCCAGUCACUGCAACCCAGAAUCAAGAAUUCAAGAAUACCAAAAUACUUGAGCGACUGCGACCUCAACUACCUCUUUCACUCUUGUUGUGAUCAUUUGUUUUUGACGUGUUACUAACCAGAGUGCACGCCAAUCCUCUUCAAGGUCAGUCCUUUUUGUACUCUCGCAAAGACUAACAAGCAGAUAGUUUUGGUUUGAGUAAGCUAGGUUCUGUUUAUGACUGUAAUAUUUUAUAUCAACCCCAAAACGGUACACGGUACACAAGUUUUUCUCUUUAUCAUCAUGGGGGUUAGUAUUUGAAGGUUUGAGACUGCACAAAAGUGAUUAAAACUUCCUUUUAGAGAAAUUUAGAUGUAUUUUUCUGUUAUUUUCAGACAUUUCACAGACAAAAUUGGUGAACUGGUCCUUUAAAAGGAAAAAGCUCUUGAAGGGAGAGAAAAAAAAAUCAGGGAGGCUUGUCUUAAACCGCUGGCCUAAUUCUCUGCAAACUCCAAGUAGCUUAAUCUCUGCAUGGAAAUGCAUUAGAAUUACAUGUAAAGCUUGUGGAAAUACCAGCAGACUUAGCGAGGCUUAAGGCAGCACCUCAGUGACCCUGCCAGGCCAUGAUGUCCUCAUUUCCAGCUGUUUUUCCCCUUUCACUUUGAUCGCCAGGCUGAAUUUUACAGAACCAGCUACUCCAGCCCUGUGAGAGGAGUGUUCCCCCACGUGGCAUCCAGAUGUUACCCUCCCUGUACAUUUGGCCUCAGCAGGACAGAAAUACCAGCUCACCUUAAAGAAGAACAGACAUACUGAAGCGUGGCUCGCUUUUGCAUGAUGUUAAAAAAAGCCGUUUUUGCAGUUACAUUUGGGAGUUAAAGAUUUGUAAUUUGGCUUUAAAGAGUUUUUGAGAAACCGAGCGCAGAUCAUUUGAAAAGUUUCGUCUGUGUUCAACUUCUCUCUCAGCUCCUUGGAAACUAGUGUGUUAAAAAGAGGAACUAGAGGCUCGCUCAGUUACAGUGAACAUUGCAGGAGAGAAAUGGGGAAGUUGCACCACUCUUCGGCUCAUCCUGUCCGAUCUGAAACAAAUGGCGUUGUGAGGCAGAAACCGACUCUGAAAAUGAAAACACGGGAAAGUAGUAAUUAGUGGCUUCAGAUCGACGGUCUGAGAGUGAGCUGUGAUACAGCGUGACAGUCGGCGGCUCCUUUGAGGAGAGAUGUAAAAUAAAUCUAGAUAUGAUUCAGCCUCACUGGAAGGGUUUUAAGUGUUCUUGGCAAAGUAACAGAGUUGGAACCAUCACACCCUGCCGGUCUGAAAAUAGCUCUCCAUGCAGAGUGGUGGCUAAUGUUUGGAUGAUGGACAGUAUCUUCACUUCAUGAGCCAAAAAAAGGCGUGAAUUCAGGCUCGAGUCAAGAUCUGCUGCUGUAUUACAACUCAAGAACACUGUUUUAGUUUGUGGGCUGUACAGGCUGAGUUUGGUACCGUUCUUUUUUUAAACUCUGUGUGAUUUUUGUUUUCUUUUUUUAGGUAGAAAUGAUGCAGAAGAGACGCUGCUGGCUGUGGAAGGCAGCGAGCCCGGACUCAGCCCUUCAACGCCAAGGCUGAGGAGCUGCGAAGGAGCGAGGAUCCCUCCUUGCUCGACCCUGAAUAUCACACCUUGACUUGUCUGGUGUGUGUUUUUUGAGCCAAUUCUAGAACUGGUAUUGAGAAAGUACCUUUAUCCUUUUCAGUUGACUGUGGAUUUUAUGAAGCAGCCAUGAGGAGCAGCAGAUCCAGCCUUCUCCUGGGCUGUGUGCUUCUCUGCUCAGCCUCUCUGCUCUAUUUGGGCAUGAGCGGGAUCGAGUGCCCUCCGAAAAGCCAUCGUUACAGGUGGAUGGAGCUCAAUCUGGGCUCAGCCAAUCACAGCUUAGGCCUGACUGAACACUUCCCAGAAGACACGCCCCUGAUCUUCAUCGGGGGCUUCCCCAGGAGCGGCACGACGCUGAUGCGCGUCAUGCUGGACGCCCACAACCAUGUGCGCUGCGGGGAGGAAACCCGCGUGAUCCCCCGCCUUCUGGCCAUGCGGGCCACCUGGAGCCGCUCGGUGAAGGAGAGGAUACGGUUGGAUGAGGCCGGCGUCACCGAUCAGGUGUUGGACUCGGCUGUCAGAGCGUUCCUGUUAGAGGUGAGCCGCUUUGUGACUGAUGUUUGAGAAUCACACAAUCACAAUUUAAAAAAAACUUUAUAUACCGUAUUUUUCGCACCAUAAAGCGCACCGGAUUAUAAAGCGCAUUAAGCCAAAGAAAUCAGAUAAGUCAAACUUCAUUUAACUCAUUUAACAACUCUGCGAGGCUACGGUAGCUGCAGAAAGUUAAAGUCAGAAAAAGACGAUUGGCUGAGUGAAAAACUUGUCAUUCACAAGUUUGUGCUAAUAUCAGAUCAAUAUCGGUAUUGUAUCGGAGGUAAAAAAAAAAAGUUGUAUCGGGACACCCCUAAUUAAAACCCGUCAUGCCGGUUUGAAACUUGUAUUUAAAGGUCUGUUUGCGAAAUCAGAUGUUGUCUUGGCAACAACUGCAAAACUGUGUCAUGACCUCAUAUGAAACAUAAACCGGGGCAGUCUUUGUCUCUUUGUGUCUCAGUGUACCAAGAUGAACUGAAACCAGGGAAAACUGUUGACAAGACAACUUUAUGAUGACUUUAUAUCUGUCUGUUCAGUCUAACCCUCAAACUUCUGAAUGAAUCUGUUUUCCAUCAUGUUCAGCUGGUGCUUAAACCGCUUAAUUUCACUUUUAAAUGAGUGUCAGUGUCUCUCCAUGUUUGUUUCUCAUCUAUCCUGGUUUAAAAGGUCAUUUUCUGUUUAUAAUAAGAGUGAUAGGAUCCUGUCCCUGCUAUUAAAGAUUACUCACACAAUUACAUUUUGCAUCUCAAGAGGAGUAUACCCUCUGUUUUCAAAGGACAGGUCUGUCUCAAACAGUUCAGGCAUUCAUGGUCAUAACUCUUUUUGUUUCAGGUGAUAGUAGGGCACGGGGAGCCGGCUCCUCGUCUCUGCAACAAGGACCCGUUUGCCUUGAAGUCUCUCUCAUAUCUGUCCAGAAUCUUCCCUAAAGCCAAAUUUGUUCUCAUGCUGCGAGACGGACGGGCAACUGUUCACUCCAUGAUAUCACGCAAGGUACGGUGGAUCAUCUCACUCAUGUGUUUGUCCAAACAGCCACGUAUCGAGUCUGUGAUGGUACCAUUUCACAACAACACCUCCCUGUGGUUUCUGGUUUCUCUCUGCCACCACACUCUUUCAUGAUCAACUGGUUUUAACAGACCACAUCACUGAACCCCGAUUUUAGCAUCUUUACAUCUUUAGAAUUGAUUUUAAGAUUUUACUCAUUACUUUUAAGGCGGUAGAGGGUCUGGCUCCAAUCUACAUAACAGAACUUUUAACUCCCUAUGAGCUAGCCGGCACCCUGAGAUCCUCGGUUGGGGGCCUCCUGGUUGAAACUUGUAACUAAAGGUGACCAGUCCUUUUCCAUCAGGGCCCCUGGACUUUGGAACGACCUCCGUGAGGAGACAAUAAUAAUAAUAAUCAUCUUUAUUGUCCCCAGGGGGAAAUUUGCUUUCACAGGUCUUAUUCUAACACAAAACACGAGUACAGACAACACAUACCAUAUGACACAAAACAUAUUACAAGGACAGGCCAUGAGAACCAUGGCGUGCAGAAUCAGUCACUGCUUUUAAAGCACGUCUUAAAACUCAUUUUUAUAGACUUUUUUUAACCUGAUUUUGUCUUCUUUAAAACCUUUAACUCUUCUUACUCGUGUUUUAUAACCUCUUAAUUUUUUUUUUUGAUAGUCCCCCUUGGUCUUAGGUUUUUGUGGUUGGUCCUGUGUAGACUGGGUAUCACGGGUUCUUAUGAUGUCUUUGUUUUUAAUGACGUCUCAGCUCAUGUGACACUCAUUAAAGCUUUUAUAGCUUCCACCGAUUUUAAUAAAAUAUUGAUUUUAUUUUUAUUUUUAUUACCAAUAAUGUCUCAUUUGGACAUGUUGAUUUGGGUUUUAGUCUUGUCUAGGCUCUUUUAUUUUGAUUAUUAUUAUUAUUAUUAGUAGUAGUAGUAGUAGUAGUAGUAGUAGCAGUAAUAGUUGUAGUUUAUUAUUAUUAAUAUAAUUAGUGGUAGUAGUAGUAGUAGUAGUAGUUUAUUAUUAUUUUCAUUAUUAUUAUUAUUAUUAUUGUUAUUAUUUUAUUAGUAGUAGUACUAGUAGUAGUAGUAGUUGUUGUUGUUGUUGUUGUUGUAAUAGUAGUGAUAGUAGUUAUAAAAGUUUAUUAUUAUUAUUAUUAUAACCAUUAUUAUUACUAUUAGUAGUAGAAGUAGUAGUUUAUUAUUAUUAUUAGUAGUAGUAGUGGUAGUUCUUGUAGUAAUAGUAGUAAUAGUAGUUUAUUAUUAUUAUUAUUAUCAUUAUUAGUAGUAAUAGAAGUAGUAGUUUAUUAUUAAUUUUAUUAUUAUUAUUAUUACUAGUAGUAGUAGUACUAGCAGAAGUAAUAGUAGUAGUUGUUGUAGUAAUAGUAGUGAUAGUAGUAGUAGUAGUUUAUUAUUAGUAUUAUAACCAUCAUUAUUACUAUAAGUUGUAGUCUUAGUAGUAGUAGAAGCAGUAGUUUAUUAUUAUUAUUAUUAGUAGUAGUAGUAGUAGUAGUAGCAGUAGUAGUAGUAGUAGUAUUUUAUUAUUAUUAUUACCACCAUCAUAAUUAUUGUUAUUGUUGGUGUCUCAUGAUCUUUGUAUCCAUCCACAGGUGACCAUCUCUGGCUUCGACCUGACCAGCUACAGGGACUGUCUGACGAAGUGGAGCAGCGCAGUGGAGACCAUGUACAGUCAGUGCCAGGCAGCCGGGGAGGCUCGGUGUCUGCCCGUUCGCUACGAGCAGCUUGUCCUGCACACAGAGGAGGAAAUGAGGAAGUUGCUUCACUUCCUGGAUUUGCAGUGGGACCUGUCGGUGCUGCAUCAUGAAGAGCUGAUUGGAAAAGCUGGUGGUGUGUCUCUGUCUAAGUGAGUCAUGCAGGUUAUCACACCUCUUCUACGUGUUGAGGUUUUCAGGUGUUUACUGUCGAGACAAGCUGCUCAUUGUGGUUUUUGGCAACAGUUUCAGACUUUCACAUGCAUAUAAACCCCAGUGCAAUGAACCGAUGCUGUUUGCUGCACUGGACCACAAACAGCUCAAGACCUUGUUUGGUUUCAAACUGUUUCAGUCGAUUUACAGAGGCCAUUAAAUUAAAACCUUACUAUCACAAUCAAAUUUUAAAAUCUCAAUCUCAUAUUUUUAAUCCAUAUCCAGUCUCAUUUAGGGUCAUUUAAAACAUAAAUUAUCAAUCUUUAGGAAAACUCUGUUUCCGAUAUUUUUAUUGUGAAGCAAUACAUCCAACUUUAGUUUAAGCAGUGCUUCAAUGUUUUUGAACAUAAAAGGGACAUUCCGGCAUAAAAUUAAUUUAGGGUCAAACACACCGUAACACAGAGUUAGACACCCCCCUCAAGAGAUGAAUGUUGCCGACUGCUUGCUACUCUACUUAUACCAACUUUAGUUACGACCGCAGGAUAGCAAUACACAGCGGUCUGAGGAGCCAUAAACAAACCUCAACUAAAACACCACUCUAUAGCCACAAAUAAUGCUCAGAACAGCACCUUACUUCAUCAUCAGUACAUAUAGGGUCCCAGCCAUAGUACUAGUCAUAAAACAUCUUUUUAACUUUGACAAAUUUCUUUAACAAAGAGACUAAACACAACUCACCUACUCUCCUCCAGCAGCCGCUUGUUUGUGGGGGAGCCCUGACAAGUUGAUCAGUCAAGUACAGCAGGGUUUCGCAGCUCAAGGAUGAACAUUUAUGAUUAUUACUUCAUGGAAAUAACCCGCUGCACUCGGUGAUUGACUCGUCAGGGCUCCCACACAAACAAGCAAGCAGUCGACAACAUUCAUCUCUGGAGGGGGGGUCUAACUCAGUGUUACAGUGUGUUUGCCCUUUACUAAACUUUACGCCGGAAUAUCCCUUUAAUAAGUAAAAGUAAGUCGUUUUUUUUCCACAGAAGAGACUGUAGCACAAAAGGCGAUGUUGCAUAUUCUGCAGGUUCCCAAUGCUCUCUGACGUCCCAGGUAUAACCAGAAGUGGCUCUGACCUUAUCGUAGUCCCAAAGAUUUUAGUGAAAAAUCAAAACACUGCUGUCCAUAAUAGUCUAACAGUAUAUGUCCAUAAUUUAUAACUGUGAAGCAAGUUUGCCUCAGUUUGAUUACAUUUUUCACAGAUGGGUAGUUUCUAGUGUUGAAAUACCUCAGGCUUUAAUCUGUAGCAGAUCUCAUAUGUCCACACUGGAGGGGUCACAGAGUCACAUAAAUACUCCACCUUGGACUCUAUCAUCAAAUAAUGUAGUCCAGCACUUAUUUUGUAACGUGUCUUCUUCUUCUUCUUCUUCUUCUUGUCCUAAAUUUCCAGAUUUGACGUUUGUCGUGUGUUUUGACUUUUGUAGUUUUCAGUCAGAGGGUCAGUUAAAGCUUACAGACAUCCAGCAGGAGAUGUUUAAUUUGUUUUUGUUGUUGGAGUAUUUAUGCGCAGGCCGGCAGCUCAGGGGAUUUGGUGAAAAUCUGUCUGCUUGACACAGCAAGUAGUCAAACCUGGCGUGUGUAUGUGCGCGCGUGUGUGUGUGUGUGUGUUUGUGAAGGACUUGUGCCCUUGUAUUACGCCCACAAAUGUUUUUUGUGCCAUAGGUUGUAUCUUGUGAAUACAGACCGCUUUAUCACACGUGGUCGAGGAAUAAUGUGUGUAAAAGGUUCGUUCAGCCUUGAUGAAAGUUCAUGUGAGGAACUGUCUGUCUGUCUGUCUGUCUGUCUGGGUUGAUUUUGGUGGCGCCCCCUGCUGAAAAGUCCCUCACAUUGUUGCUGAUUUCUUCGCUAAUGUGAUGGUUAUUGAAUUUAUCAAAGAAGAUAUGAAAAACAGUCCACUUUUACAUUGUCUUCAGUUUUUUUUUCUUUUUAUCUAAAGUGUUUUUUUGACAAAUUAAAAUCUAGAUUUUUUAUUUAACUCAUGGACAGUAAACAUUAACAUUUCAUGAAGUAUUUCAAACUUCUACAUUUCUUCACCUAAUCUCCUGUGAACUCACACUAACUGUGUGUUACAAUGUGUGUGUUAUACCUUGUGUGUGUUUGUGUGCAGGGUGGAGCGCUCCACUGACCAGGUGAUGAAGCCGGUGAACACAGAAGCCCUCUCUAAGUGGGUCGGAAACAUUCCCUCCGAUGUGUUGAGUGACAUGGCUGAAAUCGCCCCCAUGCUUGCUCGUCUGGGCUACGACCCCCACGCCAACCCUCCUGACUACACGAAACCCCAGCCUGUGUUUCCUCCAUUCAACUAUUCACAGGUGAGUUAAAAAACUGAGUCCGUACAGAACAUUUACAUGUCAUAGUUUUUAUUUUCUUGACAGUCUGCACCAAAAAUCAACAGAUUUUUUCACCUCAAAGUCGUGUAAAUAAUCCCGGACAAAAAGCUCCACAACAGUCCGAACUUUAAGUUGGAUUAUUCACAGAUUUUAAAUAAACAAAAGAAAAAAGCAGAGCUUCAGAUGUGAUCAGGUGGUUUUAGUGAGUGAUACACGUUAAAUCCUGAUAAAUGACCAAAAAGGUGAAUUAUUCAAACUGAUGUCGAGCUGAUCAGUAAGGAAACUCAACCUGCCUUACCAGAGGCACUGCUCUGCCACACAUUCAAAGAGAUGAUUGUUUUGUAUCUGUAAGGGAUUCUGAAACCCACUGAUUCUGAUCAACUAACCCCUAUAAUGGUGGGCAAGUAUUCAAAAGACAACCUAAAAAUAAAUGUAUAUUUAUGAUGUGCUCUUGACUCAUUUCCCCUUGUGCAACACAAGUAAAAAUAGUACUAAUGAGUGGUGGUGAAGUUACCCUAUAACCAAAUGUUAACACUUAAAGGAAUAUUCUGGCAUAAAUUUAAGUUAUGGUCAAACACACCGUAACACCAGGUUAGACACCCCCCUCGAGAGAAGAAUGUUGCAGACAGCUUCCUUCUCAAGUUGUACCAUCUUUAGUAAAGACCACACGAUAGCAAUACACAGUGGUCUACGUCUCCACGCACAAACCUUAACCAAAACGCCACUCUAUUGCCACAAAUAAUGCUCUGAACAGCACCUAACUUCAUCGACAGGACAUAUAGGGUCCCAGCCAUAGUGCUGACCCACUCUCCUCCAGCAGCCGCUUGUUUGUGGGGGAGCCCUGACAAAUCGAUCAGUCAAGUGCAGUGGAGUUUCGCAGCUCAAGGAAGAACAUUUAUGAUUAUUACUACAUGGAAAUGCAAUCAGACCGAGAGGCUAAGGCAGAAGAACUACCACGUCUGCUGUGCAAGAUGAUUAUUAUGAUGAUUAUUACUUCAUGGAAAUGAUCUGCUGCACUCGAUGAUCGACUUGUCAGGGCUCCCCCACAAACAAGCGGCUGCUGGAAGAGAGUCAGUGAGUUCCAAACUAGCAAGCAAGAUGACAAACAAGCCAGCAGUCUGCAACAUUUAUCCCUCGAGGGGGUGUCCAACUCGGUGUUCCGGUGUGUUUGACCAUAACUUAAAUUUACGUCGGAAUAUCCCUUUAAAGCCACUGGACACUACUGAGCAAUAACGGACCUAAAGACCCCAACAAAACAGGAGUGAAGACAAUAAAAUUAUCAACAUGUAUUUUUCAUGAGUUGCUGUAUCACUGGUAUACUGUAGUAAUAUCUGAGAUCUAUACAUCUGUAGGAGCCUGGGGAUUUACAGUGAAAAUGUACAUGUUGUACUAAUGAGUGGUGGUGAAGUUACUCUGAAAAAAUACAACUAAAAUCUACAAUUUUGAACACUAGUGAGUAAGACUUGUGAGCUGCAGAUGCCAGGAUGAAUCACAGCGCCACACUGAGGCAUGGUUUACAUCAGGAAUCCUUUCCAUCUCUCUUUGACUCUUUGGUCUGUUUUUCCCUCAGAGUUUGAAGGGGGCAGAGACUCCACACCCCAGCUAGGCAAAGAGAAACCACCUCCAAAUCUCUGCAAAUGGAUGCACCUUAAACACGGACUUCCGGUUCAGCAGUAACGCCAUCUCACAGGAAUGUUUUUGAAUGUUCCAUGUGUAUUUUUGAAUUGUUUUGUACGGCUAUUUCUGUGUGUGUGGUGUUCAGAUCAGUACGCAGGUGGAGCAGGUUAAACACUAACUGAUCGUGUGGAUUUUGGUUUCAAUCUCAGCUCCUCAAACACGACGAUGAGUUGUUACAGGGAAUUUGCUACAGUGAACAGACAGUAUUUUUCUUAAACAGCAGUGUCCUCUCGCCUUGAAUCUGAAAGUAUUUCAAUAUAUUUGUACGUUGUCAUGAUUUUGCCACAAAUGUGAACAUGUCAUCAGACAAAUCUAUCACUCGCUGAGAGCUCAGUCAGUGUACAUGAAGCAUAAUGACUGUGUAUAUUUUUGAAAACGUAUGUUUAUUUUCUUAAUAAAUUAUUUUGGUGUCGAUCAUCCAUUCAGAAAGUUGUUUAUUCUGAACUGAGGAUUUAAAAUUGUCGUAUAUUGUCAACUAAGAAUUAAAAGAAUCUACUUGUCACAUUUCUGUGUUGUGAUUUGUUUGUGAGUCAUUCAGCGACACAUAAAUGAUGCUGCUGUGUGCAUUAUGCACAAAAGCAGCCAAGCCACAGCGCCCUCUAGUGGUGCAAAGAGAGAACACAAUAACCUGCUUCAAUGCUUCACAAAGACAACUGAAGUAUUUUCACAAUAUUUUACCCUUGACUUUAGAGAAGCGUAUUACUGUCACCAAAAAAAAAGCUGUUUUUGAGAGACUAUUUUUUUCUCUUUUCUGUUUCUUGGACUAAUUUUUUUUUCUUUUUUUUGAGGUUUUUUUUUUACUUUUUAUUUUAAAUGAUUUUGGACUUUUUUUCUUUUCUGUUUUUUGGACUAUUUUUUUUUUUUUUAUUUGUUUUUUGGACUAUUAUUUUUUCUGUUUUUGAAAUAUAUAUUUUUUUCUUCUCUGUUUUUGGACUGAUUUUUUCUGUUUUUUUGAGUAAUUUUUUGUUCGUUUUGUUUUGUUGAUUUUUUUUUGUUCUUUUGACUACUUUUUUUUCUUCUUUUUUUUGUUUUUUUUAACUAAAUUUUUUUUCUGUUCUGUUUUUUUUUACUAUUGGUAGUCUACUAAAAUAAACACUGGAACAGAAGAUACAUAUUUUAUUUAAUAUUUAUUUAGUGUUUAUUUGUAGGGUCAGGUAUGAAGUAAGUAAACCAUUGCCAUGUACUACAGCAUCUGUCACUCGAGCUAAUUUGCCAUUUCCGUCCCUUGCUAAGCUUUUGAAAUACAGACAAUUCCCAAAAUACACACAGUGGCAACAAAUUCACACAAAAUAAGCACACAAUAUUAUAAAGACACAAAAUACAGAAUCACACAAUAGCACAGAGUUAGACAGGAAGUGCACAGACUGAAUCCUCUUUAAAAACUGCUUUAGUCCACGUCUAAAAUGAUCUGAAUCUGGAUCAAGUUUGAGCUCUGCUGGUGAAGCGUUCCACAUUUUGACCCCCUGAACAGAUAAUUCUGUUUGUCCAAGUGAGGAUUUAUGAAAUUACACAUUACAGUCUCCAUGAGGUUGGCAAAUUUAAUAAAAUCAUUCAAACUUAACGUGAAAUUUCUUUAGGAAUGUGGCAGUGAUGUGACCUUAUCGGCUACCAAUCUAGGACUUUAAACGCUCUGUUGUAGAUAUUCAUCGUCAUAGAUGCUGAUUGUGUCACAGUAGCUGAGGUGGGAGAAAAUCCUUGUGUGCUUAAAGACAUCUGCUGCAUAUUGAAACAGGCUCGUUUUUUACACUUAAUGGCACAGAUUGUUUCCAAGCACGGCCUCACACACGUCACACACUACAUGCCUGACACCAUGAUAGUUCACCUUAUGUGGAGAUAGAGAUCGGGUGACUGAGUCGUUGGUGCUAGGGUUCCUGUAUCUGUUGGUCUCUGGAGGUAACAGGCACAGUGUUUUGUACCUCUGAUGACGGUUUGGGAGUGUGAGACCAUCCCCCUGUGAUGCUGGACAAUGUGUGGUGCUGCACCUGGGUGGGCGGAGCUUCAGAGCUGCACCUGAUCAUGUACAGGAAACACCUGGAGAACUGAGAGAUGGCACAGGAAAUGAAAGCAGAAAAAAAGCUGACUUAUUUUUUUCACUCGAGCUUUGAAGGUAGAAAAAAAUCGCUGAUGAGUAACUGGGGACAUAAAUGUACCAGACUACUGCAGCUGGCUCCACACCUUACUUUACUAAAGAAAUUAGUCAAAGCUAAAAAGAUGUUUGGUGGCUACUACUAUAGCUGGGACCCUAUAUGUCCUGUUGAUGAAGUUAGGUGCUGUUGGUGGUGAAGCUAAGACCAAAGUGUUGUAAAAGAAAUGACGUGUUCCGUUGUGAUAAGACAAAUCUUAAUUAUUCACACUGUUGUGGAUGUUACCUGGUUGUUUAGCAGCACAUAGAUAAAUGGGUUGAGGACAGUGCUGGUCUUUGCCAGGAGGGAGGGGAUUAUUCUUGCUGCAGGCAACACUAUGCCGGGACGUCCAAAUGAGGACAGCAUCGCCAUGACACCGUAUGGCAUCCAACAUAGGAGAUAUCCUGUCACCAUGGAGACCACCAUCAGGAGCACACGGCUUUCCUUCUGCUCUGCAAAAGACCUGUUGAUCUAGAAAUACACUUUUUAGAUGCUUUCCAUUUGGGGCCCUGAUUUGGAUUAGGGGAUACUACUACUUCUACUGCUUAUGAUAAAAAUGAUAAUCAUCAGCAUCAUGACAGUCAUAGUCAUAAUCAAUCAUCAUAUAAUCAUAAUAAACAUUGUAAUCAUAACAAGAAACUUAAGGAUGUGGCACUUUUCAAAACACAGUUACAAAGUGCUUCACAACAUAAAAACAGAAACAAAGAAAGAAAACUGCAAGAACACUAUAAAACACUCAACAAAACAUACAGCAGGGAGACAUCUAUACCACUUUUACUUUAUACUUUUUUUUUUCGACAGUUUUUUUAAAAGAGGAUGAGGAACUUGCCCGUCUGAUCUCCUCAGGCAGUUUGUUCCAGAGAGUUUGGCCCCAACCGAAGUGAAAAAAUCCCCUUUUUAGACUAAAAUGGACAUCAGGGUUCGAAGGGGUUCGUUAGGCUUAAGGAGAUCAGCUAAAUGCUUUGGGGCGAGUCCAGAUAGUGCUUUAAAAGUUAACAUUUUAAAAUCUUUGUGAUUAGGGUUUCUGGUUUUCCGACUGAAGAUGGUAAAAAUAUUACUUAUUAAGUACUUUGUGUGUCUUUUAAAAGACAUUUCCAAUCACAUACCACAUGUCUGCUUCACAAGAAGUUGAUGUUUACCUUUGAGAGAGAAUAUACAGUCUCUUCCGAACUCUGACCCCAGCAUGUUAACUUGUUUCAUUCACACAGAGACUGCUUUACAAACACAUGGCAGUUAGACAUGAGAAGAGCUAAUCAGAGGUCAGACGGCACUCUCUGCACACUCACCUGUCUUGUGACUGCUCUUGCAGCCAACAGGAUCCUCCCGUAGCAGAAGAGCAUCAGCAGAAGUGGCAGCAGAAGGCAGAAGACAAACAAGCCGCUGAUGUAGGAGCGAGCUACGGCUGAACGCUGGUGCCACUGGAUCGAGCAGGUGAUACUGGGAACCUCUGGUCCAUAGCUGCUUCAUCACAGACAACACACACUUUGAUUUUUUUUUCUUUUUAAGUGUCAUGAGACAGUUUGUAUCUCUCCACCUGUGAGUUUAAAAUGGACUUGAUUUCUUUUACACCUUUAUACACGUAGGGACAAUACCUCUCAGAGCUGUGAAGAAAUCUAACCAAAAUUGAAUAUUGAAGACAAGACCACAGACUUUUGAGGUUUGUCCACCGCAGCUAAAGAUGCAAGACAAACCUUUUCUCUUUUUCAAUGCCAUUGCUUUUUCAAUAUCACAAGUUAUACAGUUAACUGAAUAUAUGGGUCUUAAAGAAAGUUAAAGGGAUAUUCCAGUGUAAAAUUAAUUUAGGGUCAAACACACCGUAACACCGAGUUAGCCAACCCUUCGAGGGAUGAAUGUUGCCGACUGCUUGCUUCUCUAGUCUUAUCAACUUUAGUAACGACCACAGGAUAGCAAUUCAGAGAGCCACGUGCUCAAUCAAAACGCCACUCUAUAGCCACAAAUAAUGCUCAGAACAGCACCUAACUUCAUCAACAGUACAUAUAGGGUCACAGCCAUAGUACUAGCCAUCAAACAUCUUUUUAGCUUUGCCUGAUUUCUUGUUUCACACAACUCACCAUCUCUCUUCCAGCAGCCACUUGUUUGUAUGGAGACCUCUGGGCGAGUGCAUCGAUUACAUUGGAGUUUCGCAGCUCAAGGAAGAACAUUUAUGAUAAUUACUUCAUGGAAAUGCAAUCAGACUGAGACGCUGAGGCAGAAGAACUACCACGUCUACAGUGCAAAAUGAUUAAUAUGGUGAUUAUUACUUAAAAGAAACGAUAAAGUAAUGAUCAUAAAUGUUCUUCCUUGAGCUGCGAAACUCCGCUGCAGUCACCAACCAGCUGCUGGAAGAGAGUAGGUGAGUUGUGUUUAGUCUCUUUGCUAAAGAAAUCAGGCAAAGUUAAAAAGACGUUUGGUGGCUAGUACUAUGGCUGGGACCCUAUAUGUCCUGUUGAUGAAGUUAGGUGCUGUUCUGAACAUUAUUUGUGGCUAUAGAGUGGUGUUUUGGUUGAGUGUGUGGCUCUCUGUAUUGCUAUCGUUUGGAUGUUACUAAAGUUGGUUUAACUAAAGAAGCAAGCUCAGUGUUACGGUGUGUUGGACCCUAACUUAAUUUUACACCAGAAUAUCCCUUUAACCAUAAUUUCUCCUGUCUUUGGCAUCACCAACCUUUAUCACUGUAUGGUCCAACAAGAGAAGUACAGACCUGCUCCAGCCCAGCAGAGGAGGUACAGUCCAGAACAAUGAAUAAAGCCAGGAGACGGCGACUGCCAGCCUGGCUCUGCGGUACUGAGAGGAGUCCGACUGGAUGCUGCUGCAGAGCAGAACAGAGUACCGCUCCAAAGACAGCAGAGAGAGAGACACCAGAGACACGAUACCUGACAGAAAUGUGCAAAGACAACCAAUAGUCAUCAAACUUUCUAUCUUAAUUGAUCAGCCUGUUUAGUGAUCAAACUUACAUAGAAAGGAAUUUUACUUUUGACUCAAGUACAUGUAUUUGAAAGCUCUCCAUCUGAUCAGCUCAGUAAAUCUAACGUAUUAUUAAAGAUCAAACAACAAUGUAUUUAAAAUUUUACAAAUAAGCUUCACCCCACUUUCAGUGUGUUUAAAUCAAGGUGGUAAUAUUUCUGUGUGUAAUUGGCUAUUUUAACAUUUUAUCACUUUUCCAUAAAACUGAAAAUCCCCUUAAAAUCUAAAAGUGAUCCUGACAUUUAUACACCAACUGCUGAGCAGACUUAAGUGAGCACAAAGGCUGAAUAUGGAACAAAUGUUAUUUAUAUUUGAUGGACAACUUUAAUCUCAGCUAGAGCCAGAAUUAAAGAGGAUUAAGUGAUAGAUGUAUCCCGUCAUAUAUCAGCGUGGAUUUUCAUCUGAGUAAAUGAAUUAAAGCUCCCACACAGGCCCAUUAGGGUUUCUAAAUGUCUUCAUGUGUGUGUCUGUGCUAUGUUUUACACAACUGAGUAACAAAUAGGGGAGACCGGGGCUUGUUGUCACACUUUUUACACUCAUAUAUUUCUUGGAAUCAACACAUCAUAUAUGAACAAAAUGUGAACCAGAUGAAAGACCAAAGUCUCAGGUAUAUAUUUCAUAUUCAUGUCAUUUUCAUAUUAUGUGUCAGUGCAGAGUUAUAAGCAAUCAAAUAGAGAGUGUGAACAUGUGACAUGUUGCCCCACCAUCGGGUAAGUUGUCUCACUACAUGGAGUAAGAUGUCACAGUGGAUUUUGCAGAUAACAAAACAAAGACAAAAUUUUCUUUUUUUUUUUUUACAUGAAAGUGAACAUCAAAGUCAGGCACAAAAAAUAUCUAAAUUGGAAAUAGAAUUAAGAAGUUAGUAAAUAUUAUAAUAGUCAAAUUUGGCAAUUUGUUGCAUUGGCCCCAUUUUUUUUUCUUUUACAAACUACAACGUUUAGCGCAAGUGGGUAUAUAUAUAUAAAAAAUCUGUAUUCACAAGCUUAUGUAUGUAAUUGUAGGUUACAGUAUCAGUUUAUUUUCUAAAGGCCAACUUACCGAAAAGCGCGUUUGAGAAACCGUACCACAGGCACCCGUAGGAGCCGGUCAGCCACUUCCCGCGCACACUGGCGGCGAAGCUGAGAGGAGUCCCGAAGAUGCACACGAGCAUGUCGCUCGCGCUGAUAUUGAUGAGCAGCGUGCUCGUGGGGGUCUGAAGCUGAGGGAAGCGCGAGAACACCAGCAGGACCACGAAGUUACCGGAGAAACCCAGGACGAGGAUGAACCCGAGGACGACCGCCACCGUGGUGCGACCUGCGGGGCUCAGCUCGCUGGCGGCGGCGGAAAAGUCCGAGCUCUUCCCGGAGGUGAGAUUGUUGAUUUGCUGCAGGGGGGUCACCAUGGCAACCCAACCUGAACCACCAGAUAUAUUUACUCGAAGACAGAGCUGAGACCCCUGGAUAAAGAAGUAUGGGAAGAUUUAAGAAGCUUAAUGAUUCUUGACCACAGACUGUAUAUAGAAUGGACGCUGUCUGCCUCCUCGCUGGGUGAAUCCACUCCAAGAACAGCACCCUCUAGUGACGGGCUGCAGUAUAGGUCAUAAAUCCCGCCUCCUCCAGCAAUCCUCAUAGAGGUGUGGACAAACUUUAGAAAUUAAUUACACAGAAUAUAAUUUUUUAAAUAAUUUUUUUAUAGAUCGAACCGCCAACCUUUCAGUUAUUAGCUGACCGCUCUACCUCCUGAACUACUGACUAAAGCUGACUAAAAUAUUUCUUAUCACCACAUGAAUUCCCUUAAGAUCACUACUUUGUGAUAGUUAUUCAUAACCACUGCGCUAAAUAAAGAUAGCAUCAAAAUUCCAGAACCAAUCCUACUGACCUUAUUCGCCUACAUGCAGCUAUCAAAUCCACCCAAACCUACUUUACCCUCAAUCACUAUUGCUGGGUGAAAAUCACCCUGUGAACACGUGCCUGUAGGAAAAAGCAGGUUUUGGAUCAGGGAAACAAAUAUGCCUUCAAAGAUGUCAAAGGAUUGCUGAAGCUACCCAGAGACCCAUGAUACUCAGACAAACACAACAUAAUGAAAAUCACGUGAACAUGUUUGGUCUAGUGAAAAUCACCCGGCGAUAGUGUUCUAGGGUUGGUUUCAUAGCAGUAACAUGACAAGUUCCCUCCCUCCAAUUAAGUUACUAUCACUCCUCCUCUAUAGGUCACUAUUAACAUUUUUAGGUUGGGAUGAAUGAUAAUAUUGGCUUGAUAGAGGUAUGGACAGUCUGUACUAUGAACAUUUUUUACAAUAUAUUACACUGAUAAUGCUCAGCAAAGAAUCAAAAAGUAUUCUCAUAGCAAACACAGAAUUUUUCAGUGAAACUAUCCGAUACAUAGAAAAAAGUGAAAAGAUGUCAAACCUUAAGUGAGACCAAGGAAACACUCCGACAAUGAAACACCGAGAGAACCAGCCCAGCAGCACAGUUUUAUCACAGAAGACCAUCACUCAGUCAGAGACACAUGCCUUUAUUCUGCUUUCUUUUUGACCAGAUUGCAGACCUUAAUAACUGAGCCAACUCAUCAAUGAUACAAGCUGUGGUUGGCUAGAGCUUGAGCCAAGAACACGUUAACUGUUCAGAUACUGAAGACAAAAUGGAAAAGACAUCACGGGACACUGCAGUUUUGGGGGCAUUUGGAGUCAUGAAAGUCCUCCACACAGACUUGUGGACUCAGUUUCUCAUAAAUACAAUAUUAUUUACAUAAUUACUUUUUUAAUACAUACAAGGACUCAUAUUUCUUUAGUUGAUGACACGAUGUGUUGUUGGGGUUUUUCUUUGUUUAACCUUCUUUUUGUUUCUUUGUUUUUUUUCCCCCCUCAUAUUUUAUCAUUUUCUUGUCAUUUUCUACCUUAUUUUACUUAAAAUGAUGUAUGGUUCUAUGUCAAUUCUGAAAAUAAAAUAAGAUUUUUGGCAUGCUAUAUUACCAAGACAGUUGACACUCAUUCUGUUGGUUUGCAGGGAUGCACAACAUCUUGAAAUAUAUGCAGAUGCACUAGUUAGAGACAAAACUAUGGCUAUGUUCACACUGCAGGUCAUUUUCGAUUUUUUAACCAUAUGUGACACAUGUCUGAUUUUUUCAUUUAAGUGUGAACAGUGCAAUUCAGAUUUUUUCAAAUCAAAUGUAUUCAAAUGUUCAAAUUCAAAUUCAAAUGUAUUAAUUAAUGCCGCAGUUUACGCUCGCUGGCUAACGAGCCGUUCAUACGCGCGAUCGACUAGCGUCUUUUGAUACGCACUCCAGAUGAGUAGCAAAAGCGAAAUCAGCCUACGAUGCUCCAUGACAGGCGAAGACAGCAGAGCAGGGUUUGUAUUAUCGCAUGAACUAAUGACCAAUAACCGAACGAUAUUCACGGUCACGUGACUUCCGGUUCCUUUUUCUGGAGCGAUUGAGUUUGUCCAUGUGAACGCAAACCGGACCAGUUAAACAAUCAAAAGAAAAGUAUCGUCUUGCCUCGAAUUCGAAUC